GACAACUGUUGACUCUUGGUGAAGGAACAAGCAGAGAUGGCUGCAACCACCACUCAGCCAAUGGGCAGCCUGCCCAGCGGACUGGGAAUCUGCACCACGGCCCCCGAUGUGUUUUACCUGCCUGAGCUGAUUUUCGGGGGUCUGGUGUGGAUCCUGGUGGCGUCGACCCACGUGUUCCUGCCGAACCCUCUGGGCUGGGUGAUGUUCGUCUCCGUCUUCUGCUUCGUCAUGACCUUCCUCUGGAUGAUCUUCUUCGCUGCUGGGGUUCACAAGAGCAGCUCUGGCUGGGCCACUGCGGACUUUGCGUACCACAGCCUGGCAGCGUUGUUCUACCUCAGCGCAGGAGUGGAUUUGGCAAUCGUCACCAUCCAGUUGGAACCCAUCGCUUCAUUUUCUAACAUUUACCAUAUUGACAUCGCUGCUGUGGUGUUUGCCUUCUUGGCCACACUCCUCUACUUCAUCCACGCCAUUCUCUCCGCCAUCCGAUGGAAACACUUCUGAGGACAGACGCCCAUUCUCCGACCUGUGUGUGUGUGUGUGUGUGUGUGUGUGUGUUUGUACCCACAAGUGGCGUCAACUUGCUCAGAUUCAGGAUGUAGGAUGGAAGCACCGUUUUGUGACGUGUGGAGGCUGAAGAAGUGAACAAAGGAAGUAGAUGAAGAGACGAACACCUGAAAUAUCAUUGUAUGUAAACAAAGGACAUUUUAUGGAUCAUUUCACAAUUAAAGUGAAUUAUUUUUACCCGACGUUUCGGUCAGACUUUAGAAAACAAUGUAAAUAUUAUUAAGAACUGAGCCAUCAUAACUUUUUAAAAUUUCAAAUUAAAAGUGAGAAAAUAUCUCUUCAAAUUUUUAUCAAUG